AUGGGUGAUGCAGCAAGCGACGCUCAAGAGAGAGGCCUCGCCGCGUUGGAGAGGGCCAGGGCGCUAGACAAGGCUGGCAAGAUCCAGGAAGCUGCCGUUCUAUACAAGGAACACGUCGCCUGCUUUAAGACGGCCAUGAGAGCACCGAACCUGUCCGGUGGGAUGCGUAAGCUCCUGUCGGACAGCAUCGAGGAGUGGCAGAAGAGGGUCGCACAGAUUGAACCUCAGCAGCAGGGUGGGGUGGGGGGGAUGCCGGACUACUUCGCAGACCUUCCUGAGGCACCGACAACCAAGCCCGUCUCGCGCCCCUCUUCACGGGCAGGAGCAUCGAGAGGUGCCACUAGCGCAGCAGGAGCGUCGUCAAGCGGCGGACACGCGAAGGCGGAAGAAGAUGAGAAGAAAGGGAACAGCGCGCUAACCACCGCGAUGGACUUACAUGAGCGAGGACGGAGGACAUCGUGGGCACAAGCUGGGGAAAAGGAUAAGGCGUUGGCUGCAUACACCCAGGCGGCAGAGUGCUAUUUUGCGGCGUUGGCGGCGCUAAAGCAGCAGGCUGGGGCGAGAGGCGGCGAGGAGACCAGCGCGAAGGACAUCGAGGCGAGACUGACAACCAAACUGAAAGAUGCGAUGUCGAGGGCAGAGGAUAUCAAGGGGGUCGUGAAGGCUACGCCAGCCACCCCGACGCAGCAGCAGCAGCCGAGGAAGUCCGUCGGCCACCCGAGAUCACCAGCGAGACCCUCCCAAGGUGAACUGUCGUCGGAGGAAGUGAUGGUUCUCAGGGACAGCUCCACGAUCAACGGGAAGCUCUUCCUACCUUGGAUUGAGCAGGACCUUCAGGAAACGUUCGCCUUCAACAAGCCUUGGACGGAUCCAGACGGCCUCCUAUCCCUGUCAGAACCCCAGCGGGAAAAACUAGUAGGGUGGAGCCGGCCGUCGCAAGUGAUGCCGGGAGAGCCCCGCAUGAUCAACAACGUAAACCCUUACAGCAUCAAGCAGGACCUCAUCACCGACUGCAGCUUCGUGGCGUCUCUGUGCAUUGCUUCCGCAUUCGAGCGACGCUUUCACAAGCAACUCAUCACCGGCAUCAUUUACCCACAGGACGCACGCCGGAUGCCGGUGUAUAACCCUGCGGGCAAGUACCUCGUGAAGCUCACCGUGAACGGGGUCUCUAGGAAGGUUGUCGUGGAUGACCUGCUUCCUACGGGUGGCAAGGGUCGGCUCUUGUGCUCUGCCUCGGCGGACAAGUCGGAGCUGUGGGUCAGCAUCAUAGAGAAGGCGUAUCUCAAGGUAAACGGCGGCUACGACUUUCCUGGAAGCAACUCCGGUAUCGACCUCUUCGCGCUGACCGGAUGGCUACCGGAACAGAUUUUGUUCGAGGAGCAUCGGCCACCAAAAGGACACACAUCAGCACGACGUGCGCAGCCGCUGGACAAUUACGAGACCGCUGAACGCGUGUGGCAAAGGCUCCUCUCGGCGCACAGAUUCGGCGACUGUCUCAUCACCGUCGCGACAAGUGCGGACCUAUAUUGGUUGCGGAUGCACGACAAGCAGAUCUUGAUUUUCGCGUGCAAAGGAUGCGUAUUGGUGUUGUUAUAUGUCUUGCCCUCAAGUCGCUGCUGUUGGGCGUCACGUUUUGACGUUCCCGGUGUUGUUUUAGGGUGAGGUCAUUGUCGGAAGAUAAUAGCCUCAUUGUCGGAGAUUACAUCAUCGCCGACAUGGAAGUCAAAUAUCACUGGAGGCGUUACGGUUACCGAUGCUGUCCUUCGGAUAUCGUUCAUUGUAUCGCCUGUUCCGCGCUGUCGGUACUGGACAGCCUUCCGUCAUGUGAUCGUCCGUGACACCAAGAAAGUGUUGCGGGGCGAUACGCGUUCCAUGCCUGCGUAGCAAGUCAGGACAAGAACACGGACAUGCUCAGACAGUGAUUGCCACCUGUUGUAUGACGUAUUUGUGGUAUUGUUGCCCCCUUCGGCCAUCACGAUUUCACUGUAACGUAUGACAUGACACCGAUCUUGAUAUUCGAUUUGUCUAUUGAGACGACCUGAGACGGGUUUGGGACCGCCAUGCUAUUUGUGUAGUGUACACCUUAUUUCAUUACAAAAUGUCCUGCCUCAGUCUGUGUCAUGGUUGUAUUGUUUCUGUUUUCACUAAGCCUGUUUUUUUUUC